AUUUUAAGGAGUAUCUUUUAUAAGUUUACCGAAAUACGCGUUGCCAUUGUAAUACUAACUGGAAUAGAAUUGAGCCACCAGAUUCACACAUUGGAGAGGAACUCAUGCAUUAACUUUAAACAAAACUGCCUUAAUUAUUAGUCACCCCACCUGCCCAGCAGAGCGUAUCUCCCUAAAACCGGCGAAACUAUUCACUGUGUUAUUGUUUGCUCGCAUGUUCGCCGGCCCGUCCGCUUUUUCCGCGUCGUUAUUAAACUUAUAUUUUGAAUGGAUUCUACAUUUUACCAAUAAAAUCUAGAAUGAAGUGCAGAAAAGUGGCGAGUGCAAAAGUUCUCUUUGGUUGCUUCAACACCUUAUUCUUCGCGUGCGGGUUCGUGGAAGUAGUAUGCGGGUUCCUGGUGCUGGUGGACUCGCGGCGCGUGCUGCUGUCGCGGCUGCUGGCGGCGCCGGACGGGCCGCUGGAGGAGGCGCCGCUGCACUACGCGGCGCUGGCGCUGCUGGCCGCCGGCCUGGUCGUGUGCGCCGCCGCGGCGCUCGGCUGCUGGGCCACCUACAUGCCUUCCUAUGUCAUACUCACCUUUUAUUUUCUGAUGGUGCUAGCACUGUUAGUAUGCUCGUGCCUGGGCGGCGUGGCGGCGGCCGCGUGGCCGCGCUGCGCCGGGCUGCAAAGCGCGCGCGGCGGCGCCGUCGGCGCGCUGCAGACCUACUACGCCGUGCCCGACUACGAGCACUUCACUGCGGCACUAGAUCUCGCUCAGACAGAGCUGCAGUGUUGCGGCAUGACGGACGCGCAUAACUACGACCUGUCGGUGUGGCAGCUGCGGCGGCUCGGGCCGCGAGGCAUGGCGGUGCCGCCGAGCUGCUGCGUGCAAGCACCGCCCGCUUCCUACCUCAACCCUACGCCGCGUAACGCCUCGCGAUGCCAGGAGGUCACGCCUAACCCAGAGUUCAGACACGUGGUGGGAUGUCUCGGCAAAAUAGAAGAUUGGUAUCAGCAGCAGUUCAUCAUAUUCAUGCUGAGCCUGUUCGUCGUAGCUCUCCUCAAGCUGGCCAUCCUGCUCGUCACCAUAUUCUCCUGCAUCCGCCUGCGCAAGCACCGGCAGGAGAUGCACGCAUUCAUCAUGAAGUCCAUAGACAAUAAGACUAACGAGAAUAUUUACGAUACGAAGAUGGGUUCGAUGCGCGACGAGCCUAUAAUGGCGAAGUACAUCCAGCCUAAUAACUUCUACAGCCCCCGCGUACGGAACCCGAGGAUUUUCCACAGCAAGCCUAAUGAGAUGGUAUGAGAAUUAGCCGCGGAGAUAAAUGCUUUAGAGAGGAAACUAGAGAAGUUCUCAGAUUAUCUGUACAAGCACGAAGCAGAUUCAAUUAUGUGGUAACUCGUGCCCAAGUACAUACUUGUUUUAUUUUAGUUUACUAGAAAAGCGAUAUACGCUUUAAAGUUUGAUUUUUUAAUAGAAGACUGUUUUUAUCGUCGUAAUUUUGAAAUAGUUUUAAGCCAUUUUGUAUUUAAUAUUAAUACCGACAAACACAAAGUGCCAUAGAUUGUAUUUGUAUUGUUACAUUUGGAAGAUAUUUUUGACAAACAAACUAAUAUAGUGAUAUGGACUCCAUUCUUAAAGCAUUUUCUCCGUGCUCAGCAUAAUUCAUAAAGGUUGACACUUUAAGUUAUAAUUUUUAUAAAAGCAUUAAGCGUAAUAAGUAGGUUAUAGGUAUAUAGUUCUCGGAGAAAAAUAAAAAUCUUGUAUCAAUAUGCAAUAUUAUUUUCAAAAGAACAUUCAAAAAUUGGUCCUAAAUUUAAAACAUUGUUAACAAUGGCUCUGGAAUGUUGUUAUCAUUCACAAUUGGUUCUAUAGCUGUAGUCGUUUGUCGAGCAGAGAGCAGGCGACCCACUCCCUAUGAGAGCGGAGUCGAUUCUUAUCUAUUUAACUUAUAUCGAUACUUUGAUGUCUCA